GGCAGCCAACUACACCACUGGUCUGAAAUCUGCUUAUCGACCAGACAGAAGAACAAGACGCUGUUGACCAGCUGUUAUAUGAAAACAGCUGGGCGAUCAGGGCGAGAAGAGAUAAACAACAAUACAACGAAACACACAUUUUUCAUACACCAAAAGGCUUCCUCUGUGUGAGCAGGCAGGAUGGCAGGGGCGGAGGUCUACGGCCCCGUUAACCCCUCCUGCAAGAUCAUGACCUUCAGGCCCACCGUGGAGGAGUUCAGAGACUUCAACCGGUACCUGGCCCACAUGGAGGCACAGGGGGCGCACCGUGCUGGCCUCGCCAAGGUGAUUCCUCCUAAGGGCUGGCGUCCUCGGUGUAGCUAUGAUGAUAUUGAUGACCUGGUGAUCCAUGCUCCUAUCCAGCAGAUGGUUGCUGGCCAGUCAGGCCUGUUCACUCAGUUCAACAUCCAGAAGAAACCGCUCAGCGUUAAGGAGUUCAGACGCCUCGCCAACAGUGACAAAUAUUGUACUCCCCGCUACCUGAACUAUGAGGACCUGGAGAGGAAGUACUGGAAGAACCUGACCUUCGUAUCUCCCAUAUAUGGAGCUGACGUCCCCGGGAGCCUCUAUGACGAGGGUAUAGAGGAGUGGAACAUCGGCCACCUCAACUCCAUCCUGGAUGUGAUUGAAGAGGACUGUGGUGUUUCUAUCCAGGGGGUGAACACACCCUACCUGUACUUCGGCAUGUGGAAGACCAGCUUCUCCUGGCACACUGAAGACAUGGAUCUUUAUAGCAUCAACUACCUGCACUUUGGAGAGCCCAAGUCCUGGUAUGCCAUCCCCCCUGAGCAUGGGAAGAGACUGGAGAGACUGGCUACAGGUUUCUUCCCCAACGGGUUUAAAGGGUGUGAGGCUUUUCUCCGUCACAAGAUGACCCUGAUCUCCCCUUCUAUCCUGAAGAAGUACAGCAUCCCCUUCGACAAGAUCACCCAGGAGGCAGGCGAGUUUAUGAUCACCUUUCCCUAUGGCUACCACGCUGGCUUCAACCACGGCUUCAACUGUGCCGAGUCGACCAACUUCGCCAGCGUUCGAUGGAUCGACUACGGCAAGGUGGCCACUCAGUGUACAUGCAGUAAAGACAUGGUGAAGAUCAGCAUGGAUCCCUUUGUGAAGUGGUUCCAACCGGACCGCUAUGCUGUGUGGAAGCUGGGGAAAGACUCCUGUCCUCUGGACCACACCCGAGCCACGCCCGCCACCACCCCAGAACUGCAGAACUGGCUUCAGCGCAGCCGGGUCAAGACCCCUGUGAACAGCAGCCUCUCACACCCACGGACCAGAUCCAAGCGCCUGAGGACCAGCGAGGAGCCUGUCGCCUUGGAAGGGUGCUCUGUCCUGGGUAGGAGGAGGGGCCUCGGAGGCACCCUGGGUCCCAAGGUCCGGAGAGGCUGCAGGGCUGGGGAGGAUGAGGACGAUGAGGAGGAAGGAGAGGAUCAGACUGAGAAUACACUCCGGCUCCCUGGUCCUUGUCGGCAGAUGUGUGUGGUGAAAGUCAACAGAAUGGAAGUGGAGAGUGACCGGUUGGCCUUCCCCUGUCCUCCUGAACCUCUGCGCCCCUCGUCUUUCCCCUCUCUCUCUUCCGACUUCUCUUCUCGCCCCUCUCCCUCUCUGACCCCUGUCUCAGUGGACACCACAGAACAAGGGACAGGGGUAGGGACUCACCCCUCCUCACCCCAUCUGCAUCCCACUAACCCCCCACAGCACCCCUCAGGGUCAGAGUUCGCAGAGGUCAUCAAAGGACCCCGUCAGAGGUCCGAGGCUGCCCCAACACCUGCCCGAUCAGAAAGAAGAGAAAUCCCCAGAGGACCGUUUAAGUCAGUAUGUAUAGAAUCGACUCCACUGGGACAGGUCCCCGAGGACUGCUCUGUGGAUGUCCACCCCUCUCCAGACCCUUUACGGACCAGGUUACCUUCCCCCAGAACGGUGCACACGACUGGGGCUCAGGGGUGUACGGACUCGGCCUGUGGUGGCCCUGGAGCUUUUCAAUCAAGUUCUUCUUGCGUAGAGAAGUCGUCUUUUAACCUAACCUCAACCCUAGCCCCCCGCACUGAGUAUACAAUGGAUACGUGUCAAGGUACUGCGGUUAAUACUACUACUACUACUACUACACACAGCAGUCACACCUCUGAAAGCAAAACACCAGCACUUUACAAUGACAUUUACACGAACACUGACUCCGGGUCCAGAGGACCUGUUAUUUCUGGUUCUGGUCCGGGUCCAGCUAACUUGUUCAGGUGUAGUGAAAAAAACUGCACUCCCGUUGAAAACCGUUCCGCUCUCCCGAUGUGUACCACACACAACCGUGUCCCCAUACAAAACCCUUCCCUUCUUCCGAGGUGUAGUUUACGAGACCGUUGCCCUCCUCUCCUCCAGAGGAUCAACGGGGUGGACAUGCCCUUCCUCACUCCAGAACUGUCUGGAGAGACGAGAUUCUGCCCGCCCCUGCCGCCCGUUCUCACCCAGGAGAUGCCCUCCCUCACACUCGCCGUCAGCGGAGGUCACGCCGAGAUCAAAGGUCCGAGGUCGUCCUCCUCGACUGGCCGACACGGUGGUGCUCUAACCUUACCGGAUUUGCCGGGCAGUCACCCGGUCCUCGCCCCCGUGCUCCGACGCGAGACACCCACGACCCUCUCGCCAGGAACGGAAACGUUAACGGACGAGGUGUGCGAGGUGGAGUUGGCGUCAAAGAAGUCGGAGGAAGAGGAUUUUCGACCGUUAGCGCCUUACAGCGACUGGCGCUUGGGUUCUGCUGAAGACCACCAUAGACCAGAGCUGGAUUUACAGUUAGCGGCUUACGUGGCUAAUGCGACUAGCAAUGCUCGGCCCAAAAUGGCCGCCUCUGAUCACAAAAUGGCCCCCUCUAGGCACUCUGGUCCAACUGAAGAACACCACCAUAGGCCAGAGCUGGAGUUACAGGUAGCAGCUUACGCGGCGGAUAGCGCAACUAGCGACGCUCAACCCGAAAUGGACGCCUCUCUGCACAAAAUGGCCGCCGACGCUUCCCAUCUAGAAGCACUACCAAUCCAAACAUUGUCUGAGGCAGUGCUGACCACCGAGAACCACUGUAGUCGAACCUCCGCGGAGACCCAUGCUAGCAAUAAUAACCACAUGCUCUGUGACGUUACACCACUGCCAACGCAGCAAAUCCAGAAACACGGGUCCUCGACGGCAACUGCAGCAGUAUCCAUGGACUCCGACUCAGAAGGAUCCUCUCAAAGAGACGAUGUAUUUAGAGACUCCAGCACUAAGGGUUUAUAUCUAGCUAGCACCAGUUUGACUUCUAAAGAUACGUUGGCCCACUCUUCUGAGCUGAGUGAAUUAAAUGACCAUUCAGCAACAGCACAACACCAACACAACCAUGACCAAACUCCACACUCAAACAUGGAUGCCGUUUGUAGUUCCCGAAAUGUGGAAUCCAUUUGUAGUUCCCAAAACGUGGAUUCCAUUUGUAGUUCCCGAAAUGUGGAAUCCAUUUGUAGUUCCCAAAACGUGGAUUUAAUUUGUAGUUCCCAAAACGUGGAUUCCAUUUGUAGUUCCCAAAACGUGAAUUCCAUUUGUAUUUCUCGAAACGUGGACUCUGUUUGUAGUUCCCAAAGCCUCUACCUGGAGCCCAAACCUUUCUCAGACGGCAUCUGGAAGAACCUCAACUCCCAGAGUCCUGCGGUGCUCAUCGAGAGCCUCCACCACCCGGAGCUCCCCGCCGACUAUACCCACGAUGCACUACCUUACACCAUGUGGACCGAGCCGCAGUGCAAAGAGGUCACGGACCUCGAUCACGAAACUGAGACGGACGACCAGGACCCGGAGGGACAUGGGGACGGGCCUCUCACCUGGGCCCAGCUGGAGUCGACCUCUCUGGGGUCGGCCGGUGUCGGGGAGCCCCUGGGCCUCUGUGGAGACUUUGAGCUCCAGAGAGGGGAGGUGGAGGCAGCGGAAGCCCUGGCUCUGUGCAGGGAACUGGGGGUGGAGAGGGAGGCCGAGGGGGCUCUAGAACCUGACCCUCCCGAAUCGCCCUUGGAGGAGAGACCGGGGGAAGGGGAGGUGUCCGAUAUGGAAGAGGGAGAUUCGGAGGAUGAGGGGCAGAGCAGCACGAGGGAGGAGAGUAGUAGUGAGUCAUCGGAAGGAGAGGCUGAAGAAGAGGAGGAGGAAGGGGAGGAAGACUAUGAUAAUGAUUUGAGCGACUUUGAGUGUGGCGACUCGGGGCUGGAACCUGGAGAGGUUUGCACUUACCCUGCUGCUCCGCUGGCGAAGAGAACCAGUAAGAGCUGGCGUCGCCCUCUGAGGAAGCCCACCGCCCGGGCCGUGCCCUCCACUGUCAAACAACAGGCUGUCAGCGACGACGAACCCCUGGAAGCGUCUUUGGAGGGGGAGGAGCAGGAGGCUGAGCCAUGGGCUAAGCCCCUCCUCUUCCUGUGGCAGAACAGGAAGUGUUACUUCACGGCGGAGAGAGAGUACAACGCUAACGCAGCCAAGAUGUUGCCGCACUGCGCUGUCUGCACACUGUUCAUGCCCUACUACCAGCCUGAGGACAGAGCUGACCGCCUCAAGCCCGUCCCCUCCUCCCCUCCCCCGUCUCCCACCACCUCCAGGACUAGAGGAGGACCAGGGGGUCUGAGGAGGAGCAAGCCCCUGCUACCAGAGAUCUGUUUCAGCUACAGGGAGCAGACGUGCCCCCCUACCCCCACCAACGCCCUGCUGCAGGAGGACGGCACCAGCCCGCUGAUCUCCUGUCAGGGGUGCUGUCUACAGGUUCACGCUAGUUGCUAUGGCGUUGCCGCCGAUGAUGUCAGCGAGGACUGGUCGUGUGAUCGCUGUGCGGACGGAACCUUGACGGCUGAGUGUUGUCUGUGUAAUCUGAGAGGAGGAGCUCUGAAGAAAACUACAGAUGACAAGCAAGGACAAUUUAUUAAUGGCCCGUGGGCCCACGUGAUGUGUGCAGUAGCUCUGUCAGAGGUCUGGUUCAGGGAUGAAGUCAGGAGGAGUCCCAUUGAUAUCAGCAGGAUACCCAUGCAGAGAUACAAACUGAAGUGUAUCUACUGCCGUAAGCGCUGUGUGAGGCGUGGCCAGGGCGGGGGAGGGGCAUGUAUCCAGUGUUCGUGCGGUCGAUGUCCCACCUCCUUCCACGUUACCUGUGCCCACGCCGCCGGGGUCACCAUGGAGCCGGAUGAGUGGCCUUACGUGGUGUCAAUCACCUGCCACAGGCACCAAUCACGGAGCUCGUCUGCUGUGAGUACUCAGAGCGGCUCGGCUUCGGUCCCUCCCACCACACAGCGUGCAGCGUUUCAGAAGGACAUCGUCCUGGGUCAGACCGUCAUCUCCAAACACAAGAACCUGCGGUACUACAGUUCAAAGGUCACCCAGGUGACCUCCCAGACCUUCUAUGAGGUCAUGUUUGAUGACGGAUCCUUCAGCAACGACACCUACCCAGAGGACAUAGUGAGCCGGGACUGUGCCUGUCUCGGUCCUCCAGAAGUAGGGGAGGCUGUCCAGGUGAAGUGGCCUGAUGGACUCUUCUAUGGAGCCAAAUACCAGGGAUCCAACACCUCGCAUAUGUACCAGGUGGAGUUUGAGGAUGGUUCCCAGGUGGUGGCUAAGCGAGAGGAUGUCUAUACUCUGGAUGAAGACCUUCCCAAAAAGGUGAAAGGGCGACUCUCGACAGCCUCCAGCAUGCGUUUCCAGGACGCCUUCUUCACAACCCAGGGAGAGAGGAAGAGACAGAGAACGCCCAACUCCCGUUUCCAGAAAGACUAUGUGGCCCUCCCAGGCCUCCUUACCGCCAGCCAGAGCACAUGGGAGCCCCGCAGCCCUAAAGGGAAAUGAUAGAGGGGUGGAGAGGUGGAUGGAGUGAUGACAAAUGAAUGCACUGAUGUAUGUGUGCGUGGGUGUAGCUGUAGGAUGUGAAGGUGUGUGUGUGUGUGUGUGUGUGUGUCGGGGGGGGGGGGUAGGAAAGAGGGCUGGGCAGAGGACCAUUUUGAUUGGACUGUAUUGUCCUGAAGAAAGGUUAUCAUGCGCGUUGUGGUGGUUACCCAGUGCUUUCUCAUAAGUCAGGGAAUUCAAAACAACAACAACAAAUAUUUGUCACCUGAGUUGCGUUUUUUUUUUUUUUAUAAUAAAAAGACAAACAUGUUUUUCUUUGUAUAUUUAAUUUACAAAAACAAACGGAGCUUCUUCUUCUUCUAAACAAGCCUACAAUACAGUAACGUUUUGGAAUCUGUUGUGUCUACAUGAGGAUUUGGAAUCUGUUGUAAUCUACAUGAGGAUUUGGAAUCUGUUGUAAUCUACAUGAGGAUUUGGAAUCUGUUGUAAUCUACAUGAGGAUUUGGAAUCUGUUGUAAUCUACAUGAGGAUUUGGAAUCUGUUGUGUCUACAUGAGGAUUUGGAAUCUGUUGUAUCUACAUGAGGAUUAGGAAUCUGUUGUAAUCUACAUGAGGAUUUGGAAUCUGUUGUAAUCUACAUGAGGAUUUGGAAUCUGUUGUAAUCUACAUGAGGAUUAGGAAUCUGUUGUAAUCCACAUGAGGAUUUAUUUUUUAAUAUGAAUGCAUCCCCAGUCCCAGCCUGUGGCCCAAAUGGCACCCUAUUCCCUAUAUACUGGGCCCUGGUUUAAAAGUAGUGCACUUCUAUAAGGGAAUAAGGUGCUAUUUGGGAGGCUGUCCCAGUGUUUUCCCUCUCCGCAUGUCAGCUGUCUUCUGCUACUUCUUCUCCUCGGCCGCGUCUCCAUACUCUCAGAGCGGCUUCCUCUCCUCAUUUCCUUGUAUACUCGUCUCCUUUCCUUGUAUCCUCCAUUUCACACUGACCCCGAAAGGACUGGACAGGCGAAGGCGAACACGCGAAAGACAUCGGACCGUUUUUGACAUUGCUUUAAUUUGUCUGGGUCUUGCCAGAUCAGUGCAGAUUAAGUCGAGGGGGUUGAGGAAAAAGGAGACGAGAAGAGGAAGCAACCAGAGUUGCUACUGUCGCUGUGUUGAAUAAAAACACGGUGAUCUAAUUAUUUAAUUUAAUAUUUUUAUUUAUUUUUGGGGGCUUUCAAAAAAGUUUAAAGUAUUGCUAACUGCUGUAAGGAAACCAAUAAAUAACUUCCAUGUCCUG